AUGGAUCUGAGGUCGGACGAAGAAGAAGAGUCGAACAUAUGGGAAGCAGGGCGGCGCCACAUUUACGCGGCAAGACUUGGCGCAUUCAACGGCCAGGCGUUUGCGAGAGACAAGAGCGAUAACAUUGAGCACAUAACAAAGCGACAGCCUGUUCAAGCCCAACAUGCCAUCAAGCGCGCUCGCGGCAAAAUCGGGCCGACUCAUCCCGAAGCGCACCCAUCGCCGGCGCGCGCGCGGAACAAGUCUCCCAGCAAGGGUUGCCUCUCUCCCCCACCACCACUAACAACCCAUUCCCUCUUCGAUCGCUCCAAGCGUCCCUAUCCAGGCAGGCACGACUCGGAGCACACAAAGCGCCCCCGCAGCGACGCACCCCGCGACUGGAAGGACGUCCACCUCGUCUCUCAUCAUAGGUCUGGCAGGGACUAUAGUCGGGAUAGGCCUAGGAGCCGGAGCCGCGACAGGAGGGACAGGCGGGAUAACCCGAGGGACAGGGACAGGCGAUAUGGAGGGCGCGAGAGGGAACGAGAGCGAGAGCGAGACCGCGACCGCGACGAGCAUUCGUCUAGAGCUGGAAGCGAGCGCAGACGGACGCCGACUUCACCCCGCACGCUCAUCAACGUCAACGGCGCCCCGCGCAAACAGGCGCACGACUCGGACAGAGAAGAAGGCGAAAUAUCUCCCCCUCCUCCGCCCCCUCGCUCCUCCCCAAAGCCCCCUCCCCAAGAAACACCCUCAGCACCCUCAGCACCGGCAGAACCCGAGCUCGAACUAGAGCUCGCAGAGUCCCCCGUCCCCGUCGAGCUCACCCUCGCCCAACGGCGCGCAAAGCGUCAAGAGAUCCUCGCCAAAUACACCGGCGUCGCGUCGAACACAGCGGCAGCGAGCCCGAGCCCGAGUCUCAGUCUUAGCAGUGCGGUCCAGCCGCCUCCACCGCCUUCCGUCCCCUCUGACCUCGCAUCCCACUUGCCUAGCACAAACGGCGCCGGGACGCCUCAGACCACCAACGGUCGCCCGAACGCAGAAGCAGAUGCCCGUGGCUCACCCUCGGCAUCUCCUACGGGCGACACGUUCGAGCUGGCCAAAGACAACGAGCAAGAUCGUGCGCAGGCCGAGGCGCACGCUCAGGCGCAGCGCGAGGGCGACCGUAUGAUCUCUGCGGCCGAUUACGAUCCCAGCCUCGACAGACGCGAGGACGAGGAGCGGCGUGUACGGGGUGAUCAGCCUGCCCCUGCCGUUCACGACGUCGAUAUGGUCGAGGAAGUUGUUGAAGAGGAGGUCGAAGAGGAAGAGGACGAUCUGGACGAUAUGUUCGCGAUUGGGAACGCGGAGAAGAAGACGAGGAAGGUUCGGAAGGUCGCCGUUGCUAAAACGGCGGUUCCGGCGCUGAUCACUACGACGCUGGACAGCGCGUCCGAUUCUGAGGGGUACUACUCCAUCAUCCUCGGCGAACAGCUCGACGGCGGGCGCUACCAGGUCUUCGCGUCGCUCGGCAAGGGCAUGUUCGCGAACGUCGUGCGCGCGCGCGUGCUCACGGGCGACGACGGCGAAGUCGGGAGGGAAGUGGCGAUCAAGAUCGUACGGAGUCAGGAGUCUAUGUAUAAGGCCGGGCAGAAGGAGAUACAGAUUCUGAAUAAGCUUAAGCAGGCCGAUCCGGAGGAUAAGAAGCAUGUCGUCCGUUUGGAGCGCAGCUUUGAGCACCGCGGACAUCUCUGUCUCGUCUUCGAGGCGCUCAGCAUGAAUCUGCGCGACGUCGUCAAGAAGUUCGGCAAAGACGUCGGGCUCAACAUCCGCGCUGUGCGCGCGUACGCGCAGCAGCUCUUCCUCGCUAUGAGUCUGCUCAGGAAAUGCAACGUCACGCAUGCGGAUAUUAAACCCGACAACAUUCUCGUGAACGAGCAGAAGACGCUGUUGAAGCUGUGCGAUCUGGGUUCUGCGUCGGACGCGGCGGAGAACGACAUCACGCCCUACCUCGUCUCGCGCUUCUACCGCGCGCCCGAAAUCAUACUCGGCUACCCGUACGACUCCUCCCUCGACACCUGGUCCAUCGGCUGCACGCUCUACGAGCUCUACACCGGCAAGAUCCUCUUCCCCGGCCGCUCGAACAACCAGAUGCUGCUCCUCAUGAUGGAGCUCAAGGGAAGGUUUAAUAGCAAGAUGAUUAAGAAGGCGAGGUUUGGCGGGAGUUAUUUUGAUGAGAUGGGCGGGUUUGGGAGUGUCGAGGUUGAUCGGGUUACCGGUGGUGACGUCCUCCGCAAAAUCCACAUCUCCUCACCCACGCGCGACCUCCGCGCGCGCCUGUUCACGGCCGGCGCGGCGCAGCUCGGCGAGGACGAGCGCAAGAUGCUGCUCUCGUUUGUCGAUCUGCUGGAGCGGUGUCUCGCGCUUGAUCCCGCAAGAAGGAUCGCGCCCAAGGACGCGUUGGCGCAUCCGUUUAUUCGGGGGGUUUGA